AUGCUUCAAUAUUCGCCCUCUGCCAUCCGGCUCUUCCGCAACGACUCAAGUUCCUCGUCCACCGACGAAUCAUCAGCCAGUGCUGAGCGUGUACCUUUCUUGACGCAGGAACAGACCUUUAUAAAGUGCCCAGAUCUGGAAGAUGGCGCUUUCUCAGAUUCCGCCACCGCUACCGCCGCCGCAGUCAGCCCCAACGCCCUGAAAGGGCCCACAGUCACCUGCCUGCAAAGUUCGUCUUCUUUCGACCAACGCAGUUCUGAUUUCUCUUCCAGAUGGCGCUGGACAGAGACGCUGCCGGUGCUGAACAAUCUGUUGGGUGGGUAUCGUACGGUGGUGCAUAAGGGGCACGUUGUCGACAGAACCUCAUUACACAAAUCCAUCCCGACCACACCGCUCAGGAGAGUGCUACGCCUCCUGGCCCUGACGCUGAUGUUAUUGGGAAUUCUUGAAUUCAUUGCACUGGCAUGCGGCCUCGUCCUGUCCUUCUUCCCCGACGAUGCAGACGACGAAUUCGACGCAUGGAACCCCUCGAAGAGUGCCUCCCGCGAGCUGGGACACUGGCCCACCGAUUUCUCUGCCGAUAUCCAACCCGUGGCCUGCCAUUCACAUAAUGACUACUGGCGCAAAGAACCUUUGUUUUCAGCCCUCGAGGCUGGCUGCACAGGAGUGGAGGCAGAUGUGUGGCUCUACGAUCAAGAUCUAUACGUGGGACAUUCCACAGCGUCUUUGACACCAGAGCGGACGCUCCGCAGCUUGUACAUCAACCCAUUGGUGAAAAUUCUCGAUCAGCAAAAUCCUCAUACAUCAUUCCACCCCUCGCUGGACAACCCCCGGAAUGGCGUUUUCGACACCAAACCCUCUCAGUCCCUGGUCCUCCUGAUAGAUUUCAAGAAUGAGGGCCACAGGAUUUGGCCAUAUGUCUCUGCACAGCUCCAACCUCUACGAGAGCGGAGAUUCCUCAGUUACUUCAACGGCACCGACGUUGUUGAUGGGCCCAUCACGGUGGUUGUCACCGGAAAUGCACCCUGGGAUGAGGUGGUGGCCAACGAGACAUAUCGCGAUAUGUUCUUUGACGCACCGCUUGACUUGAUGGGAAAGCUGACUGACAGCAAUGCCGCUGCCGAGGCCCCCAUUGACACCCAAGGCGGUGAGCUGGACGAGCGGUGGGGUCAAAAUCAGGGCCAAGGCCGCUCCGGUGCCGCGCCUACAGAUCCUGCAGUCUACUCCCGAGCCAACUCAUACUACGCCUCGGUAUCGUUCAACUCGGCCAUCGGCUGGCCCUGGCGUGGCCGCCUUUCUCGUCGUCAGCUCGAAAUGAUGCGGAAGCAGAUCGCGGGCGCUCACGCACAGGGUCUCAAAGUCAGGUACUGGAGCGUACCCAGCUGGCCCCGAGGCAUGAGAAACUAUCUCUGGCGAACCAUAGUCAGAGAAGGAGUGGAUUAUUUGAACGUGGACGAUUUGAAAUCGGCCACCACAGGUGAUUGGAAUUGGGACAAGAAAGGUCCUUGGUUCAGUGGGCCAUGGAAGUUCUGGCCCUCCAAGGCUGUUCCAUGA